AUGGGGGUGGAGCAAGGCUACGACGAUAUGGAGGUGACCAUCAGCGACUCUGAGGCGUUCAAGUAUGUCGGGGAGGUGCUGCAGUCCGUGCGGAUGGAUCCAUUUUUAAUUGACCUAAGGGACAAAGAUCAAUAUGAUAUCCUGCUAGGCCUUGUAGACCCUACCAAGAAAAGGAGUAGUGAUGACGAGGCUAUGUUUGUUACUACUUUGAAGGCACUAUCAGAAGCAGUAUCCAAGAUAGACACCAUGUAUCAUCACGCACUUCUACACAAUGCUGCUGUGGCAGACCAGUACCUCAGAGAAUGUUUGCAGAUGCUUGUGAAUAAUUUCACUCCACCUGGACCACUUAUUCGUUACAUUGAGGAGCCAAGGUGGCUUGCAAAGAAGGAAGAAAUCUACUCUCAGUUGCAAGCGAGUUUGAAAAAGAUUUCUGACACUGUGCCCUUAGCACCAAGGAUGUUAAAGGAUAUAAUAGAUAGGAGUAUGCCAAAGUUGUUUGAUAACAAAGCUAAGAUGGUAUCAUUUGUCGAGUGCAUGUUGGGCCUUGAUGCUGACGUUUGGGACAUCAUUGGACCGUCAUUGUUGGAGAAAGUUGUUUAUCUACUUACGGAAUUGGAUGUUAAUAUAACAUGGGAAGAUAUUCUUCAAGAUGAACACAACAAAGGUAUAUUUGACAUGGAGCUUGAGGAUUUGGAUGAGGAUGAAGAUAACCUUGGUCAAGAAGGAACAAAGGUCCUUUUUGGAGGAAAUGUGUGUGCCGAGAAACUUGAUGGUUUAAUGGUGGUUGUGUGCGAGCACCUCAAGUCACGCGCAGAAGAACCUGAUCGCCUAAUUAAGGAAUUUAACACUUUGAAGGCUAUAUUUAAAUCACAUGUGCUAAGGGUGCACAAAUCCAAAUUUGCACAGUUUAUCAUGUUUUAUGCUUGUUCCCUGUAUCCAGAGAUCUGCGGUGAUGGAAUGUCUGCAGUUUCAUAUGUUGGAAGCUAUCUGUCCCGGGCAAGGUUCAUUUCUGUAAAUACAGUUGUUGCUAUACUCAAAAGGUUAGUGGAGUGGUGUGGGGACUAUUGUGGCUGUCAGCUGGACAAAGGGGUGACAGCCAAUCCUAUAAAACAUCAAUUAUUUUAUGCUAGCUGCCAGGCUGUGAUGUAUGUCCUAUGCUUUCGGUUAAGAUCUAUUAUGGACUACCCAAAUCUUAAACUACAACUUUUUCAAAUGCGAAUCCAGAAUAUCUUGGCCCACCCAUUGGAGCCAUUAAAGGUGUGCUUGCCUUCAAUAGUGAAUGAGUUCUUGAGACAGGCUAGGGCUGCAAGUCUGUUCCAUGCAUCUGUGAAUUCAACACAUGAAGAUGCAGUUGAAUCUGAUCUAUCGAAGGCAUUUGGAGGACUUAAUAGGCUUGACAUGUUCUUCCCAUUUGACCCAUAUCUGCUUAAAGAGUCUGACAGAUAUAUACGCCCAAAUUUUGAGUUCUGGUCCUUCGUCAAGACGACAUACAGUAACAACAACAGUGACGAGGACGACGACGAGCUUGCCGACAUUGACGCACCCGGAAUGAAUGUGGGCAGCUUGGAUGAUCACUUUGAAAUAGAUUUUAACAAUGACGAUGACAUUGAGUAUUCGAUGAAUAAGAUGUCCAUAACACCGCACCGCACUUUCUACCAUCCACUGGCUACAAACAGCGACCAGCCUGUUGAGGCGAGCGACGCGGCGGCCAAGGCGCGUGCGACAGGGCUGGACGAGGCGCCGACGGGCGGGCUCGCCGCGCAGGCGCGUGUGGCCGCGGACGCCGACGCCCAGACGGAGCGCGAGACGGACAAGACCACGCUGCGCCAAGUCCUCGCGGUUCGCCACACGUCCUUCCUCGCAUGUGCUAUGAUAGUCAAAUUAAGCUGGCGACCCAUCGGUUUGUCCCAACAAGGAGGUGGAGCGGGAAGACGCGGAGCGGUAGUGGGCGCGGAGGUUCUUAAACUGGGCAAGAAAAAGAUUAGGCUGCACCUGACUUAUCUUGUGGUAACUAUGGCUCCAAGCCGGCGCAUAUCGGGCUGCACGGCCGUGUGGGGAAUGUUCCAGACUAUGUCCUCAGGGCCAGCCAGCUUCAAGGAUAAAGAAGGAAGCUAUCCGCGGAGAAACCAGGCCAUGCAAAUGGCAUUGCUCAGACUUUGGGGAAGAUUUAGUGCCCAAUCAAAGGUCCGCACGCGCGACUCGUUUCGCUCCCACUGCGAGAAGCGUGCCGAUCGACUCAAUGAGCCAGAUCCGGAGCCAGAGAACCACGAUCCCGAUAAGGCCGCGACCCAGCAGAACUACCCCUUGGUGGAGGAGCUACUCAACUACAAACAGGCACUUUUAGCUGCUAUGGGCGUGCGGGUGCCUCCUGAUAUGUUCCUUAAGGAGAAGGAACGAAUUUCUGACUACUGGCUGAAGUUGUGUCGUUCAGCUGACGGUCGGAAUAAAGAUGAAAGGGUAGUGGCAAAAAUAGUUUGCUCAAGAGCACAGGAAGCUUUGGAUUUGGCUUCCAAGGUCAUGGACAGCAUCGAUGCGGUACGACGCACGUUCGACACUGCUCAUCUCACAUGUGCGAAACAGGGAGCUCGCCAAGCCUCCACCCGCGGUGCUCCCGCGCAAUUUCUAGAUAUAUACUCCGUACACUUCAACUUAAUAUCUCUGAGAAAACCGAUCACUCGAGUUUCUGUUUAG